AUGGUGAAGACGGCGGGACCGGCGACGCCGGCGACGGAGACCGAGGCAGCCCCCGCAGACGCGACGGAGACGCCGGUCGCCGCCGAGACGGAAGCCCCGGCGGAGGCGGAGGCCGUCGCGGAGGAAGAAGCGCCCGCGGCGGAGGAACCCGCGGCGCCCGAGGAGGCGGAAGCGGCGGACGCGGAGGCGCCGGCAUCGGACGAGGCGCCGGCGGUCGAGGCGACCGAGGAGGACGCGGUCGAGCCCGCGCCCGCGGAGGAGGAGGAGGCGGUCGAGCCCGCCGACGCGGACGCGGACGCGGACGCGAAUCCUCCGCGCCCGGACUCCGUCGCCGACAGCGCCAAGGCGGAGUCCGUCGCCGGCUCCGUCGCGAGCAGCGCACAGCUGUACGGCAAGGACAUGGGCGCGACGCCGAGCUACUCCAACUUUUUCGCCGACGGGACGCCGCGCGACACGCCGAUGGGGUCGUCCGCGGAUCUCGUCGCCGAUCUCGCCGCGGCCGCGGAGCCGACGCCGGAGACGGCGGCGGCGCCCGAGCCGACGCCCGAGCCGACGCCCGAGCCGGCGCCCGAGCCGACGGAGCCGGAGAAGCCGAAACCGGCGGCGGCGGCGGCGGCGCGCGGCGCGAGACCCCCGUCCAAGGCGUUCGUCCCGAACCGCCCGCCGCGCCCCGCGCCAGUCGCGGUCCCGGACACCCCGGAGGCGUCCCCGGCGUCGCCGAAUCGCGCGAGCGUCCCGCGCACGCCGAAGCACACGAAACAAGACGUCCGAGACGCGGUUGACGUCGUGUACGCGUACGCGAAGAAGGAUCCGUGCGACGCGCUCGCGGAGAUGGCGGAGCUCAUGUGCGUGAAGCACCGCUCGGAGUACCCGAACGUGCACGUGCUGUUCCGUCGGACGCUGCAGAAGAUGAAGGAAGACGCGGAGGCGGAGGCGAAGAGGAAGGCGCACCCGCCGUCGUCGUCUUCCGCGGAUGAGGAUAAGAGGACUCGGCGAGGACGCGACAGCGCGACGUCGUUGGCGUCCACCGCGCGAUCGAGCGACGGCGGGGUGAAGUCGCCGAUCAAGAAGAAGACUCGGCUGGGGAGCACGCUCCCGCCGAGCGGCGGGCGGCAGCGACCGAGCGACACGAUGCGCUCCGCGCCGGACGAGAUGCACAGGAGCGCGAAAUUGUCCGUGAAGGAAAUUUGCAAGCCGAACCAGUCGACGAGGAAGUGGAUGCAAGAGAAGCAGAUGAAAGAGAACGAACGCGCGCGGAUGAAGGAGCAGAUGCACGCGAAGGAGCUGAAGUGGAUGGAGGAGAUCACGAUGAAGCAAAACAUUCGCAACAAGGCGAACGCGAAGCUCAAGGCGCAGGAGGAAGAGCGGGCGAAGAUGGCGUCUCGGGAGGCGCGCGAAAAGCUCGCGUCCCGGUAG